GCUGUCUAGCCCUUCUUUUAUAGGUACUCUACAAGUACCAACUCCGUCUGCUGACUAGUGGAAAACUUUCCCUACUGCUCUCACUGCCUCCAAGGAGGUCCUUGAGGCCAACAGCCUCUCUCUACUUCGUGGUAGUCACCUUAACAACGCCUCAUCCCCACCAACACCUUCAAAGCUCGAAGCUUCAGUAAGAUCUUCAUUGGCAGGAAAUUGGCAGGAAAUUCAUGCCAUGUCUGCUGUUGCAGAGCGGGACCUUGGAUUUCCUGACCAAGAGCAAGAGGGUGGUAGGAUGGAUCACGAUGCUGGACAAAGUGUCUUGAAUGUGCUCACAAUCCAUGAGGCUGGUGAUGACAUCGAUGGAACCACAGGAUGUCUGGGUUCACAGGCAGUCUCGAGAGCCAUUCUGGGGGAAGAGCCGGGGCAGGAGGAGAUAUGGCCCGAUACUGAGGAGAUCUGCACUCAUGUGGAAGAGGUCUGGCCUGAUAUCAAGGACAUCUGGCCUGAUGUCGAGGACAUCUGUCAUAAAGUCAAGGACAUCUGGCCUGAUGUAGAGGAAACCUGGCCUGAAGUCGAGGACAUCUGGCCUCAUGCCGAGGAAGUCUGGCCUUGUAUCAAGGAUAUCUGGCCUGUUGUAGAGGACCUCUGGCCUGAUAUCGAGGACAUCUGGCCUGUUGUAGAGGACCUCUGGCCUGAAGUCGAGGACAUCUGGCCUGAUGUCGAGGAACCCAGGCAUUCUAUCAAGGACAUCUGGCCUGCUAUGGAGGACAUCUGGCCUGAUGUUGAAGAACCCUGGUAUUCUAUCGAGAACAUCUGGCCUGCUAUGGAGGACAUCUGGCCUGAUGUGGAAGAACCCUGGCAUUCUAUCGAGGACAUCUGGCCUGCUAUGGUGGACAUCUGGCCUGAUGUGGAAGAACCCUGGCAUUCUAUCGAGGACAUCUGGCCUGCUAUCGAGGACAUCUGGCCUGAUAUCGAAGAAAUCUGGCCUGUUCUCGAGGAAGCCUGGCCUGAUAUUGAAGAGGACUUGUAUGUCUGGAAUAGCGACCAGGAGAACGAAGUAGUUCAGGAGGAAGCUGAAGAAGACCAGGACCGCAAUAAUGAAGAAAAGGAGGAGGAAGAGGAGGAAGGAGGAGGAGGAGGAGGAGGAAGAGGAGGACAAUAAAGAUAACGACUAUGAAGAUGAGAAGAAAGGAGAAGAUGAGGUUGAGGAUCAGGGGAAGAAGAUCAUCCUGCAUGCUAUUGAGGGCAACGGAAGCCAUGGAUGAAGAUAGGAUCAAUUAAUCCGUUUUUUGUGGAUUUGAGAUCAUCUAACAUUCUUUAUCAUGUGGAAAGUUAUCAUCAGUGAUCCUAUUCUAAUAUUCUUCAACCAAAUAUAUUUACUUAAAACUUCCCCUACUGUUUAUGCAUCCUUCAAAUUAAAAAUAAAAAUUAUUUGAAAUGAA